UGAAAAAUCCACACCCCUGAGCAACAUAAUUACACCAACCUGACACCCUGUCUAGAUAGCGCUAUGUCGAAGGGUGAGCUUGAGCUUCUCUUGUUGACAUAGCCACUGCUUCUUGGGAGGUGGAUUAACUACACUAACAGGAGAAGCUCUCCCAUUGGUGUAGUAGCAUCUUAACUAAAGCGCUACUGUAGCGCUGUACAUGACAACAAGCCCUUAUAUACACUCCAUCCACCCCCCAGUCUAAUGGCAAUACAGCUCACUGGGAGAGGACACCUUUGUCUAUGAUUCUCAAUUGAGACUGUGAAGAGAGAAUAGGUUCCGGAAACUCUUUGCCUUUCAGCACUUCUCCUUAGUGGUUACCGGAUUCUCUGUUCUUUGGGGACGUCUCCAUAAAAUUAUUUGUGCAACAGUAAUCUUAACAAAAACAAGAUUUAUUAAAAACAGAAAAUGAAAUUAAAAGAAAAGAAACGGUUUGUGUAACAUCUAGAUAAACUAACAUCUCAUAAACUAAACUAUAGAAGGCAUUUUCAGUUUAGUUGCAGAGAAAAAAGAGAAAAAUAAAUAGCUCAGAUUUCUUGAAAGCAAUCCUCUCUCUGUUCAGCCUGUCAGUUUCUCUUGUUGAUCAGAUAGCAGCAAUCCUCUUUGUGGCCAGAGAAUUCUCUUAUUGAGCCCCCUGAUCCAGAGCUACUUCCACCACUUUCCAAAUCACUUUUGUCCAGUUAGCUACACAUACAUUAGGAUUUGGACUCAUCAUUUUUUCUAGGACAUGGAUUGUUGAAGAUACAAAGUUCCUUUUAUGAUUAUUAAUAGCCAUCUUUCAAAUGCUUAGCCUAGUUCAGAUAUCACUUUUCACAGGCCACCUCGUCUAGUUGUUUUGUUAAAACUCCCUAAGCAAUUUUUUUUUGCCAAGAGACACUAACUGUGGGUACGGUCCCCAGGCCCUCUGUCAAAGUACUGCCGUGUACUUUCUCAUUUCAGGAAUUUUUAAUGAGUUACGAGCACAAAACAACAAGCCCAAGACAGUUCUCUCACAGGGCCCUUGUGCAUCUCUGUAGUGACCCCUGCCUAUCUGCUAGCCUACCAUAUAGUGAUUUUUAAUAGGUUCCGGCUUGUCAGCUUGAUUGGUUACUGUGGUAUAUUGAAGCAUGUAGGGAAGCAUGUGAUCUGGGUCUUCAGUACUCAGUCUGCAAAAGAGCCAGUGUUGAGCAAGGUGGGUUGCAGCCUGCUGUGCCUCUCUCUGUGUUUGGUUGUUGUGUGUUAGAUUUCUGUAUUCUGAGAAAUAAAGUGGUGUUACAUUGCAGCCUUUCAGGAAGAAUAUUGUUUAUUUCUGGAUUUGGAUCACUUGAAAAUUAUCUUGUUCUGUUCAUUCCCUCUGGGCCACUGUCGGAAGACAGGAUACUGGGCUAGAUGGACCUUUGGUCUGACCCAGUAUGACCGUUCUUAUGUUCUAAUUCUUUGUGUAUGCCAUAAAUAUAACAGUUUUAUAUGAUGGCGAAGCCUUGCAGAAAGGGACUGAAGGGGACUCAGGAAAUGUCUAUGUGGUAGGGUAAUACGCACAAUGGGGGGUGUGAUUUCUAAAGUGCACUAACAUAUUGUCAUUCCAUUGAUGGUGUGUAUGUGCCUCAUAUGGUAAAGAUAGGAGUCUUUUCAGCCAUCAGGACCCAAUCCUUAGAGCUCCAGCAUGGUCCAGCCAGUUCUGGUUCACAAAACUAUUGAGUCUCUCAGUAUCUUAGUCCAGGACCUUACCUCUGCUUCCAGACCUACUGUGUAAGAACCAGGAACAGAUUCUACACCUGAACCUAGCAUCCCUGCACCUCACUGCAUGCAGGCUGGAUGGAUGUCAUUAGUAGAGCAGGCCUGCUCUUCUUCAGUUAUGGAAGUUAUGAUACGUAGUAGGAAGGAUAAGACAAACUUACCCAUCAAAAUGGACAAGAUUCUCUCAUUGGUGCCAGUGGAAAUAAUUGAUUCCACAUUACCCUUCAAUCCUGCAGACUCUCGAUUUACUCAAACUCAAGAUGAAGAAUCUGUCUCUUAGCUUAAUUAUGGCUCAUAUAGUGGUGAUCUCAGUUUGUCACCUACUGAUUGAGGAUCAUAUGACCGUGGUAAGAUUCUUGAGAGUCCUAAGUAAAGUAUUCCCACCUAUCAAAGAACCAACUCGGGACUUAAAGUCUAGUGCUCACAGCACUCAUGUGACUCAUCUUCAAGCCCUUGGUUGCCUCUUGUCUAUUACACCUGUCAGUGAAAAUGAAAUUUUUGAUAGUGAUAACUUUGGCCAGAAGAGUAGGAAAGAUUCAAGUGUUUAUGACUGACCCUCCAUAUACAGUAUUCUACCCAGAUAAGGUACUAAUGAAGACAUAUCCUAAAUUCCUUCCUAAAGUAGUCACAGGUUUCCAUCUCAAUCAACCAAUAUACCUACCAGGAUUCUUUCAAAAAUCUCAUGCAUCCAAAUCUGAGGCAAUCUUGCAUACAUUAGAUGUGAGGAGAGCCUACUACCUGAAUAAAAUGAAACUGUGUAGAACAUUGCUAAACUUGUUUGUCUUCACUGAGGCAAGGAUGAAGGGCUCUGCAGUUUCAGUCCAGAGACAGUGUAAUGGGAUUUCUGAUUGUAUUAAAAUGUGAUGAGGUGGCCAAGGUAGAGACACCAGCUACGAUCAAGGGCCCCUCCACCAACAAUGCAAAUUGUGUCACCAGCAUCACUGAGAAACUUAAUAUCUGACAUUUGUAAAGCUGCUGCUUGUGUGUGAAUCCACAUGCUCACUUGAUAUUAUACCCAAAUAGAAGCCUCUAAAUCCAACACUACAUUUUAAUAGUUAUUUAGUUAACUUCUUCAAGCUUCUGCCUCCUAAAUAUAACUGCUUGGGAGUCACCAUCAGUGGAAUAGGCAUAUAGACAAUCACUCAAAGGAGAAAGGAAAGUUACCCAUGUACAGUAACUGGAGUUUGAGAUCUAUUGUCUAUGUGUACAUUCCACAACCUGCCCUUUCAUCCCCUGUACCUCAGAGCCCUCUUGUAAGGGAUUCUGCAUUGAGAAGGAACCAAAUGGUGGUGGAGAAGCAUGAGAACUGAAGAGCACAUGUAUGCCCUACAAGUACUGCUGGCCAAAAAAGAGUUCCAUCUCUACUACGAGGCGCAUGCACAUCAUCAGUGGAAUGCACAUAUGCACAACACCGCUUGAAGAACUCCAGUUACUGUAUAUGGAUUAUAUAUUGGCUUUGUAUACACUAUCACAUAUCAAGCAAGACAGAUGAACUCCAGCCUUGUGUGCACUUUCAGUUAGCCUACAAGAUGCAAUUUAGUAUGAAUCCCAGGCAGCUUUAGAAGUGAAAGAAAAGUUUGAGAUCUCUGGCUGGAAGCUGAACGUGAUGACGGCCUGGUCUAUGGUGGAGAAGUUGAAAAUGGAGAAGAGGCAUUCCAAAGAAGAGAGGAAUGUGGAACAGGAUUCUGGGGACUGCAGUGCUGAAUCUGAGGAAUGGACAAGCUCAGAAAGUGAGCCUGAACAACCAUGCUUCAAGAACAGCUGUAGCAAUAUUCAGUGGAGGGAAAAAGACAUUUCUACUAAACCACAUAGGCAACUCUGUCGCUCUCCUUGCCUGGAUCGUCCAAGUUUCUCACAGAGCAGUAUCCUUCAGGACUUGAAACUGGAAGAGUGUACAAUAAACUUGGACAAGGAAUACCAGGCUAAAAUGGAUUUUGCUUUAAAGCUUGGGUAUGCUGGAGAUCAGAUCCAGGCAGUGCUGAACAAGUUGGGAGCAGAUGCUCUAAUCAAUGAUAUUUUGGCAGAACUCGUGAGACUUGGCAACAAGGGUGAAUCAGAGGGACAAGGCAGUGUCAGCAGUAGUAGUGGUACUCUGGUGCCCAGGGGUCCUUGCCCAAAGGAAAUGGCCAGCCCUGAACUGUCACUUGAAGAUGAAGUAGUGGAUAACACUGACAACUUAAGACCAAUUGUCAUUGAUGGAAGUAACGUGGCUAUGAGCCAUGGGAAUAAAGAAGAAUUUUCCUGUCGGGGGAUUCAGCUAGCUGUUGAGUGGUUUCUGGAGAAAGGACACAAAGAUAUCACUGUAUUUGUACCUGCGUGGAGAAAAGAGCAGUCUCGACCUGAUGCACCAAUUACAGAUCAAGAAAUUUUACGUAAAUUGGAGAAAGAAAAAAUUCUUGUCUUCACCCCAUCUCGGCGAGUUCAGGGAAGAAGGGUGGUCUGCUAUGAUGACCGGUUCAUAGUAAAACUGGCUUUUGACUCAGAUGGCAUCAUUGUGUCAAAUGACAAUUAUCGGGAUCUUCAGAAUGAAAAGCCAGAGUGGAAGAAAUUCAUAGAGGAACGCCUGCUAAUGUAUUCUUUUGUGAAUGACAAAUUUAUGCCUCCUGAUGAUCCUUUAGGACGUCAUGGUCCAAGCCUUGAAAAUUUCCUAAGAAAAAGGCCUGUUAUUCCUGAACAUAAAAAACAACCAUGCCCUUACGGCAAAAAAUGCACUUAUGGACACAAAUGUAAAUAUUACCAUCCAGAACGUGCAAAUCAGCCUCAGAGGUCAGUAGCAGAUGAGCUUCGAAUAAGUGCCAAAUUGUCUGCUGUGAAAACUAUGAGUGAGGGAGCUUUGGCCAAAUGUGGCACAGGAUCUUCCAUUUCCAAAGGAGAAAUCAGUUCUGAAGUGAAACGCAUUGCCCCCAAACGCCAGUCAGACCCAAGCAUUAGAUCAGUUGCUGUGGAACCUGAGGAAAGGCUAUCAGUAGCUCGGAAGUCAGAAGCCAACUCUGUCCCUUCUCUUGUUUCUGCAUUAAGUGUACCAACAAUCCCUCCUUCAAAAAGCCAUGCUGUUGGUGCAUUAAAUACUCGUUCUGCAAGCAGCCCUGUACCAGGUUCAUCGCAAUUUACUCAUCAAAAAUCCUCACUAGAACACAUGGCCAGUGUGCAGUAUCCUCCCAUACUGGUCACCAAUAGCCAUGGCACUUCUGUUAGCUAUACAGACCAGUAUCCCAAAUACGAAUCUUUAGGAGACCAUGGCUACUAUUCCAUGCUCAGUGAUUUCUCCAAUUUGAGCAUAAGCAGUAUGCGUAACACAGAAUAUUAUGGAGCUGAUGCAGACCAAGGGAUGUACUCUAGAAAUUCAAGCCCCUGUCCUGACAAUCGCUUAAGCCAUACAAGUAAUGAUUCUUAUUCCUCUUACAAUGAUUUGUAUCUGGGUGUAGCAGAUACCAGAGCAGAAGACAAUGUGAAGGUCCACAGACUUUCAUCCCAAAAUCGUCUUCAGCCUUUUUCCCAUGGUUACCAUGAAGCCUUAACUAGAGUUCAGAGUUAUGGAACUGAAGAUCCUAAACAACUCCCUCGCAAACAGUCUGUUUCCCAUUUAGCACUGCAUGUCCAGCAUCCAGUUGUUGGAGCACGGUCCAGUUGUCCAGGAGACUACCCAGUGCCUCAGAAUGUUCAUCCAUCAGCCACUGCACAGCCAAGUCGUGCCUUGGUGAUGACAAGAAUGGACAGUAUUUCUGACUCACGGCUUUAUGAAAGUAACCCUAUGCGGCAGAGAAGGCCACCCCUCUGUCGAGAGCAGCAUGCUAGUUGGGAUCCAUUACCAUGUGCUGCUGAUACUUACGCUUACCACUCCUAUCCACUGAGCAACAAUCUCAUGCAACCAUGUUAUGAACCUGUAAUGGUAAGAAGCAUGCCUGAAAAGAUGGAGCAACUGUGGAGGAAUCCCUGGAUUGGGGUAUGUGGAGAGCCACGGGAACAGCAUAUUAUUCCAGAACAUCAGUAUCAGACAUACAAGAAUCUCUGCAAUAUUUUCCCUGCUGGUAUUGUCCUCUCGGUAAUGGAGAAAAAUCCCCAUAUGACAGACGCACAACAGCUGGCAGCUAUGAUUGUUGCCAAAUUGAGAACAGGGCGUUAAAAUGUUAGCCUCUUUUUGUGCUCUUAAAAACAAAUAGUAUUGAGUGCAUAGUGGGCAGAAUUUGGAGGAAAAAUUAAAAAUAAGGGAAGUAGGCAAAUCUAUUGUAAAUAUUUUCUAAUUCUGUGGUAUAAAAUUCUGUACCCUACAGCAAUCAUUAAAUAUAUGUGUGAGGCACUAUAUAAAAGCAGAUUGUAUUGUAAAUAUAAUGAAUAUUUUAGGAUUUCAAAAAUAGGGCAUUUUAAAGGUAUUUUACAGGAAGUGCAUACAUUUUUGCAUGAAUAUAUAUAAUUUAAGAACUACAAGGUUACACUUUUAGAGUCUAAAGCUGUUCAUUCAAAACUAUUGUUAGCAAUUAUAUUGCAUGUAUCAAUGUAUAGUUUCAAUUUGAUUAUAAAUAUAUAAUUGGCUUUUCAAAAUACGUUCUAUACAUUCCGGGAUCAUAAAACUUUGGCUUUGACACUGCAUUCCUCUGGGUCAAAUAUUUUUUUAAAUGGGAUGACUUGCCAACAAUUACAAUAAUCCUCCAUUUGUAAAACAAACCUAAUCUAUUCCCUUUUUCACUUUUAAAUGUCAACAUAAUUGGUAUCUCUUAGCUUUGAAAUCUAUCCACCCAGGGCUUGAUCCUGUAAGGUGCUGAGCACUUUGGCCCCAAUUCACCAUUGGCUACAAUCCAGCAAAGCAUUUAGGCAAAAGUGCUCAGAAUCUUGCAGGAUUGAGUCCCAAUUCAAUGUUAAAAGUAGGAUAAACUGUAGCCUUCCUCUUCAGAAGUACUGAUGAGUACGAAAUGUACAAUAGUACAUUUUAAGGGUCAACUGUAGACUGUCACUUUACUUAUGCACUGUUCAUUACUCACCCUCAAAUGGAGGGGAAGGCAGUGGAUGUUAAAGUGUGAAUAUCCAGUUUAGUAGAAACUGCAACCCUUCUUUUGUGGCUAGGGAUAGUAUUUGAAGGGUUAGAAUUACACUCCAACAGAUGAAUAGACAAUGUUUAAAAGGGGAGAGGGGCUGGUUCUGAAAAGGGAUGCUACAUCUUUGGCUUGCUGCAACCUGGCCUACUUUGCACUUCAGGUUGACCCAAAGGCGUGCAUUUUCCUCCUGAAGGAUUUUAAAGUUUUUAUUUUGACAGGCAAGAAAAAAAAUUGUGUGUGGCAUUGUUUGCGCAACUAGUAUUUUGCUCAGGGGUGGGAACCUUUGUAGCUAAAUGCCUCCAUAAGAGGCGUUUAUUGGUUUUUUUAAGCUGCACUGAAUGGACGCCCUUUUUAAAUCGAUGUAUAUUUCAACAUUUUGAACCAUUACUAACUCGAUAUGUCUCGAGCUAGGACUUGUUGACUUCUACUGUAGUUUUUUUCAUGAAAGUUGAGAAGGCCUGGUUUAUGGCCUUUUGUUUCUUCAUGAGAAGGUGUGACACUGCCUAAAUGUUUCUUACUGUGAAACACACAGAACGUGAGGCUGCAGUCAGGGUUGUUUCUGGUGUUUUGAUAAUGGCUUGCAUGCUGCUUUCUGUUUCUGUUUGUCUGAGGACCAAAGACUACUACAUCACUACUUCCACUUGCUACUGUAAAACCUGCAUUGAUUCUAAGUGUAUCUUGUGGGCUAUUUAUCAUGUGCAAAAUGUGAAAAAGUUACAGAUGCAAUUAAAGUAAAUGUAUUAGUAUGUUGGCUGUUCACACCAUUUCACACAUGAUAAAUAUUCUAAUGUCCACACAGGUAUCUCUCAGACUACUUACAUAUUUUGUCAUGGCCAUAUCAUUGUGUGUUCAAAUUGCAUUAACUUGAAGAUUGUUUUCUUCAUACCUGGAGUAUUAAAAAUAAUUGUUUUAAUUAGUUGCAGAUCAUUGCUGUUAAUAAAAAUGAACUAAUCUUCAAAAAGUUAGCAUAUAACUAUAGAAAAAUAUUUUUACUCUUGACCAACUUUCAAAGCAUAUCUUAACUAGCAUUUUAUAUUUUUUAAUUUCCAAUUACUUCAUAUUCUCUUCUCUUUUAUGGUAAAAGCAGCUGAGAGUAAUGCCUCAAAUAACCAGAAAUGACCUUUUGUUUGUUGAUACAAAUUGUAUCUCUCUUUUUCUUGAUUGUAUAAAAAAAUGUACAAAAACCAUCUCUAGAUUAACUUCAGUAUUGCAUUUUCACCAUGUUUGUGACACUGUGUGUCACAGGGAAGUAGCCCAUGGGUAAUUAUGAAUCUUUUUAUUUAAAAUGGGCACUUGUAGUUUUUAGACAAACAAGGACAACUUUUCAAAUCCACUUUAUUACAGGUGCACAGAUAUUGUGUGUACACUUAAAAGCAUUAUAUUACAUAAGUUAUCUUUAGUCUAUUUAUUAAACAAAUACAUUCUUGCAAUGGAAUUUUAUGUAAAAAUUGUCAGUGUUAAUGAAUCAUCUGCAUGUGUUUAUAAAUAGAACUGUAACAAUAUAACUGCUGUAGACUUUGCUUAACGGGUUAAUUAUACAUGUAUGAUUUAGUUUUAAAAUGAGGUUUUGUGUACUCACACUUUCCAUCUUGCAUGGAAUUAAAUGUGUAUGUAGAAAAAUGUUUUCCUUCUCCCCAACUAUACAAACUCUUGCAAGACGUUUUGGUAGAGAUGUCUCUCAGCAUACUUUAUUUGUAAUACAGAGCAGAGGUUACUGCAUAAGGUUUUGGACGAUUUAUGGAGAUAAUGUAUCUUGUAGGAAUUGUCUAGUCAUUUUAACUCUUUCACUGACUUUAACCUGGUAGUAAAUUCAGUCUUCUUCAGGGCCUUGUAUUUAUUAGGAAGGAGUGAGAGUAGAAUCCUAGUAUAAAUCCAGCAAACCCUUUCUCUAAGGCACUUCUUUGAAGGCAUUUUUUUCUAAAAUGAGCCAAGAAUGUUUACAUUGUGUAGAAAUAUGGGAAAAAAUGAUGAAGUCUUGUAGAAAUGGUCUGCAGAAUUUUUGCUUAAAAGUUAUUCCUCCUCUUAAAAGUAAUAAUUUAUAAACAUGGUUUAGUGUGUCUUGAUCAGCUAAUUUAACUUAGAACAUUCAAUGAUCCACAUAUGUUUUAAGAUAUCUUCAAAUGCCAAUUCAAAACACUGACGUUCAUUAACCUUCAGCACUUAAGCUUAGAUUUCUUCAAACACAGAAGAAUUGAUCCCAAGAAACACACGAUCAUUAUUGUAAAUAUGAGUUUGUAUAAAUGCUCUUUUUGAGAGCACAAUAUUUAAAUACACUUUAAUUUGUGUAAUAGAACAAUUCCAGAGUAUAUAUUUAAAAAGAAAAAAACUCCAAAGACUAUCAUAGUCCUAGAUAAAGAACAGCAAAAAAUAAAAUUGGGUGAAAUCCUGACCUAUUGAAGUCAAUAUGGCCAUGUUUUCAUCCCAGGCCUCCCUAGCUUGCUGGUCUUCGUGUUCCUCAGCUAUCUUACUUUUAUGUAGUUUGUCACCGAAGAUUACAUUACCUUACCUUCAGUUUAUUAGGCAACUGAGUAAUGAUUUGGAAUAAAUUAAAUGUAUUUCUGGAAUGUUACCUGAAGCUACUUAAUGUUUUUGUAAAUAUCACAUUGUAUUUAGUAUUGUAUUAGCUUGUGUAUAUAGAUUAUUUGACUACUAUUAGUCCUGUUGGCGUACUAUUGAGCUACAGUAGUUUGCUUUAUCCAUUUGUAGAAUUAAACGUUACUGUUUAAUUGUUGUAAAAUUUUAUAAAAACUCUUUGGGUUUUUUGGUUGACCCAAAUAUAAUGUAAGUCUCAAUGACAAAAAGAGUGAAAAUGGACGUUAAACCAGUACAUGGUCUUCGUAAAUCACUGUACUAAGUGUGCAAUGCUCUACCUAAUGCUGCAUGUAAUGCAUUCACUAGCAUGGCCGUAUUCUUAGCUUUUUGUAAAGUUCUGAUUAAUUUAACUGUUUUUAAAAUGCAAAGAAUGUGUAUGGUUGAUAAGAACAAACUGUAAAGCAGACUGACUAAAUAACUUAUCACCAAAGUAUUUUUUUUAUUAUUAUUAUUUUUAUUUUAUUUUUUUAAAGCCAGUUUGCCUCUGAAAAUGUGAAUUUUUGCCUUUUGGAGUGAUUUUUAAUGACUAAAAAAAUCAGAAUGAUCAAGGUGUGAAUGAAGAAAUUUCCCCAUAUUACUCACUUUUAAAAAUUUUACUAUAUCAAAACAUUUGGAAGAUGGCACGUAUAUGGUUCCGUUUCCUUACCACCACCUAAGAAAACUCCAUCAGAGGGCAUACUGUGAGCCCAGUCUUACUCCACAGCAGCAUGUGACAACAGCACUAGUCAAAAAAAGCACAGCAAUUUCAGAGAGAUGCUGUUCUGAGGAAUUAAGUAUUAACCAAUUUUGAACUAUCAAUUGAUUACUUGAACGGGGAGUGGUGCAGUAAGUUCACAGUUCAGACCAUUAGAUGUUUCACCAUUAUACACUUGGAACUUUCAACAGUAAAUGUUGACAGUUUGGUUUUUUUUUUUAAAUGACAGAGCAUUUCUCUUGCCUAAGGCUUCUUGUUGCUGAAAGAUUGUUGCGUGUGAGACUGUCUGUAUGUGUAUUAUAUGUAAAAAUCCCACCACAAUAUUUCAGGCUAAAGAAUGUAAGUGCACUAUUACAUAGAAAUCACAGUAUGCUUUCCCUGUUACACUGUUUGGUUAGUCUCUGAGGAAGAAGCUCAAUCUGUCACUUUGGCCUGUUUAGCACAUGCAUGUGGUGGUGAUUAGUGAUGUAGUGUGCAAAAUCCCCAUAAAACCUGUCUGAAUGUAUUUAAAGGUUUGUUAGUGGUAUUAUGAGGCAAACCUGGAAGACAUUUUAGGUUGAUUGUAAAAUAUUACUUGUUCUCUCCCCCCCAGUAAUGUGUAACGGGUUUGCACAGCUAUUAAAUAUGAUCAGAACACUUAAUGUUAUGGAUUAUAUAUGGAUUUACUUAUUCAAUAAACUUAUGAAAGUCCCUGCA